UUUUUAAAAACAAUUUUAACUUUAAGUUUACAUCAUGGAUAACACAAAUGAGAAGAAUGACAAUUACAAAGAUGAUCUUCUGCUCAGGAUAGGACUUAAUGACAAUAAAGCAGGAAUGGAAGGAUUGGAUAAAGAGAAAAUUAACAAAAUUAUAAUGGAAGCCACAAAGGGGUCCAAAUUUUAUGGAAAUGAGCUCAAGAAAGAAAAGCAAGUCAACCAACGCAUUGAAAAUAUGAUGCAACAGAAAGCUCAAAUCACUAGCCAGCAGCUAAGGAAAGCACAAUUACAGGUCGACAGAUUUGCAAUGGAAUUAGAACAGAGCCGAAAUUUGAGCAAUACUAUAGUGCACAUUGACAUGGAUGCUUUCUACGCAGCUGUAGAAAUGAGGGACAAUCCAGAAUUGAAGGAAAAACCCAUUGCUGUAGGAUCAAUGAGCAUGUUGUCUACCUCAAAUUACCAUGCAAGGAGGUUUGGCGUUCGUGCAGCCAUGCCAGGAUUUAUUGCUAAGAGACUCUGCCCACAACUAAUUAUAGUGCCCCCAAACUUUGACAAAUACCGAGCUGUGAGUAAACAGGUUAAGGAAAUACUUGCUGAUUAUGAUCCCAACUUUAUGGCCAUGAGUCUUGACGAAGCCUACUUGAAUAUAACAAAACACUUACAGGAAAGACAAAAUUGGCCCGAGGACAGAAGAUAUUUUAUCAAAAUGGGAAACUCUGUGGAAAAUGAUAAACCAGGAAAAGAAGUUAAUAAACUGAAUGAUCAUGAACAAUCCAUGUCUCCACUACUUUUCGAAGACAGUCCUCCUGAUUUGCAGCCUCCAGGAAAUUCUUUACAAGAGAACUUUGAAGAACAAAAAUAUCCUGAAAUACUUCAAAACUCAGUUGUUUUUGGAUCAUCAGCUGAGGAAGUGGUCAAGGAAAUUCGUUUCAGAAUUGAGCAAAAAACAUCACUGACAGCCAGUGCAGGCAUCGCCCCAAAUACAAUGUUAGCAAAAGUAUGCAGUGAUAAGAAUAAACCAAAUGGACAGUACCAGAUUCUUCCUGACAGACAAGCUGUGAUGGACUUCAUCAAGGACUUACCCAUUAGAAAGGUUUCUGGAAUAGGAAAAGUUACAGAGAAAAUGUUAAAGGCUCUUGGAAUUAUUACUUGCACAGACCUCUACCAACAGAGGGCAUUACUUUCUCUCCUCUUCUCUGAAACAUCUUGGCAUUAUUUCCUUCAUAUUUCCCUGGGUCUAGGUUCAACACACCUGGCAAGGGAUGGAGAGAGGAAGAGUAUGAGCGUUGAGAGGACAUUCAGCGAGAUAAGUAAAACAGAAGAACAGUACAGCUUGUGCCAAGAACUUUGCAGUGAACUUGCUCAAGAUCUGCAGAAAGAAGGACUUAAGGGUAGAACGGUUACCAUUAAGCUAAAGAAUGUGAAUUUUGAAGUAAAAACUCGUGCAUCUACAGUUUCAUCUGUUAUUUCUACUGCAGAAGAAAUAUUUGCUAUUGCUAAGGAGUUGCUAAGAACGGAAAUUGAUGCUGAUUUUCCACAUCCCUUGAGAUUAAGACUUAUGGGUGUUCGAAUAUCUGGUUUUCCAAAUGAAGAAAAUAAGAAGCACCAACAAAAGAGCAUUAUUGGCUUCUUACAGCCUGGAAACCAAGCGCCGUCAGCCACUGGGUGUAUAAUGGAGAAAACUGACAAAGAUCAGUUCGUAAAACCCCUUGAAAUGUCUCAUAAGAAGAGUUUCUUUGAUAAAAAACGAUCAGAAAGGAAAUGGAACCACCAAGAUACAUUGAAAUGUGAAACUGUGAAUAAACAAAAUUUACAGACAUCACAACCAUUCCAAGUUUUAAAGAAAAUGAGUGAGAAUUUAGAAGCAUCGGAGAAUUCAGAUAGUUGUCAGAUAUUUACCUGUCCUGUUUGCUUCAGGGAGCAAGGAAGCAUCAGUCUGGAAGCCUUUAAUAAACAUGUAGAUGCGUGUCUUGAUGGACCUUCCAUCAGUGAAAACUCCAAAAUACUCUCAUGUUCACAUGUUUCAUCUACCAAAAUUAAUGAGAAAGAAAAUGUACAAUAUUCUUUCUCACUUUGUGCGAAGCAAGGUUAUGAAAACCAUCAGAAAAAUACAGAAAUCACUUCAGUAGAUUGUAUAGAUUUGGUAGAGACUGUGGAUAACUUACCCAAAGCAGAAAGUAUAGAUGCUUUAAGUAGUAAGCACAGCAAAGAGGAAUGUUCUAGUCUUCUAAGCAAGUCUUUUAAUACUGAACACUGUCAUCAGAAUUCUUGUACUAUUUCAUCAGAAAAUAAAGACAUCGAGUUAACUAGGCAAGAAUCUCCCCAGCCUUAUUUACACGAAGAGGUAACAGGCCAAGCUCUAGUUUGUCCUGUUUGUAACUUAGAACAAAAGACUUCAGAUCUUACCCUGUUCAAUGUGCACGUGGAUGUUUGCUUAAAUAAAGGUAUUAUCCAAGAACUAAGACAAGAUAAAGUUAAUCCAGUUAAUCAACCCAAAGAAAGUGGAAGUACUGGUAGCUCAAACAGAGUACAGAAGAAUGUAACAAGACCAAAGAGAUCAGGACUAAUGACAAAGUACUCAGCAUCAAAGAAAACAAAACCAAACAAUCCCAGACACACCCUUGAUGUAUUUUUUAAAUGAACGUUGAACAUUCUAUCAUUACUUUUUAAUUGAAACUUGUUAUUUUAUGAUCAAUGAAUUUAUUCUUCUUUAACAGAUUCAUUUAGUGAAGGCAGUCCUUCCCCAAAUUACAUUUCCUCUUAUAAGGACUUGGAAUAUAUACUAAUUUACUUAUGUAUACUUUCUUUAAGAACCAUGAGAAUUUGACUUCUAUUAUGUAUCAAUGAGAAAUCAAUCCUGUUAGAGAUUUUUUUCUUGCCAGGGUGUGUUAGCUUUCCAGAGAGAAAGAGAGGAAAGCCCUCCCAAUGAGGCAUUGCCAUUCCACAAUCCCUUUUUCCUCCACCUCUCCAUCAUGUCGUUAUUUGAGGCUUGCAUGCAUAUGCACCCAGUUUGUUUUUCAAGGCAGUGGAGCUGGGAUUUGAACUAGUCAGUGUCUGAGAUCUAGCUCUCUAUCCAUUACUUUUGAUCACUUUGCUGUGGAGCCAGCCCCUAGAGAUAAUUUUAGAAAGAAAAAUUAGGAAUGCGAUUAGAAAGUGAUUUCUUUAUUAUUUCUAUCGAGAAUAUAAGAAUAUGUAUAAAGGCUCCUAGGUUCACAUAAAUCUUUUUAGCAUAAGAAUUUUUAGCACUUAGUCACUUUAUUGACAUUGAGCUGCUAUAUUUGAUCCUAGGUGCCUCACACACAUUCAUAAUUAAAACUUAUCAUCAGUCCUAUGAAGAAUAUUGGCUUAGCAGAGCUAGCAUGAAUGGUUUGGUACCUCCAGGAAAAUAUCACAAUAUUAAAAGGAUCUAGUGUUAAAAGGAUUUUUUGCUUAACAUAUGAUCACUCAUUUAGUUUUCUCUGCUUAAAACUCCUUUGUCUUUUGAAUAAGCACUUGGUUCACUUUAAGAAAUAUUUAGUCCAAGAUUCAAAGUACUUUUUAAAUUUAAGAUUCAAAGUACUUUUUUUGUUUAAUAUGUAAGAGGACUUUUAAAUAGAAAUAUUUCAUUUCUUGGCCUUUAUAUUUGUACCUUCUACAAAUCUAUUUAAAAGGAUAGAUAGUCACUUUAUUUUUAUUAUGAUCUUCAAGAGAAAAUGUGCAAAUCAAAAGAUUAAUGUGUAAAACAUUUCCCUUAACUAAGUUAUAUUUCUGUCACAUUUUUAUUAAUAUUUGUAAAAGAAGUAAGCUUAAUAGUAGUUAGCUUAAGUAGUUGCUCCAACACUUUUGUGCUAUCAAUAAGUUCUUAUCAAAAAGCAAUUAAUUAUUUAAUUGGAAUGUGAAGAUGGAAGCCAUUUUCUGUUACUGCUGUAAGGAACUGAGUCUUUUGUUCUCCUAUAUUUAUGUUUUCUAUUUUCCUACUUUUUUGCAUUUUAAUUCAUUAUCUAAAUAUAUAAGGAAAUAGUAUUUUAGAGCUGGUUUAAGUAGGAUCUCUUAACAGCCCUUGGCCAAAGUGAUAACUUAAUUUUUUAUUGUUAGAUUAAAAUUAGGCAUAUUAGCAUAUAUUAUAUACUAUGGCAAAUAUAAAGUAAUAGUGUUAUGGUUUUUGUUAGUGUUUACUUAUGUAAAUUCUAUGCAAAAUUAAGUUAAAUAAAAUAUUGAUUAUUUAAUGUAUUGAAAAGUAGAGAGCACCACAAUGAGUUGUUUUCUAUUGGUAUCUUGCCUCAAGUUUGUUUAUAGUUUUCAACAUUAGAGUAAAUUAUUUCAUAUAGACAAUUCAUUUAAUUGAUAU